AUGCAAGAUGAUAGGGUUUUAGAGAGAAGUCCACAAGACUCACUUAGAAUUUCACAAAGAUCUUCCAUGCUAGAUAGGAAGCAGAGUGGCCGUUUCACAUUCAAGAAAACUCAAGAGGAAGAACAACAAACUUAAAUUCAGAGCAAUAGAAAUCGAAUCAAACAGCAGUUAAAAUGUUAAUUGAAUGCCAUAAUUAAUAAGCCAAUACAGCCAUUACAAAUGAGAGAGGAGCAGUUGAUAGAAUUAGGUAAGAAAUUAGAUGUAGAAAUUACUUCAAUUGAUGUUGAAAAUAUCAUUCCAAAUACAAAGGAGUUUUUUGAAGAUUAUGAAAUUCAUGAGAGAUUGGGAGAAGGAUGUUUGGGAUUGGUGAAACGAAUAGUCUAAAAAAAUACAGGCUUGGAAUUUGCUGUGAAGAUAGUUGCUACUUAGGACGAUGAAAUUAUACGCAAUAUGAUUAUAGAAUUUAAGAGAUUGGUUCAAUUAUCACAUGAUAAUAUAGUUAAAGCCUACAAAAUGUACUUGGAUUUUGAUACAGGGUUUUAAUCUGAAAGUUAGGCUUUUGUGGUUAUGGAGUUGAUCCAUGGCAAAGAGAUGUUUGAGGUUAUAAGCGAAGCGGGACAUUAUAGUGAAGAUGAUGCAAAAGAACUUUUCAAGUAAUUGCUUAGUGCCAUUGAGUAUAUGCAUCGUCAUGGCAUUUGUCAUAGAGAUCUCAAGCCCAAUAAUAUCUUGUGUCUUUAAGGUAAAGCAUUCCAAAUCAAGGUUACAGAUUUCAACGUUAGCAAAUUCAAUACGGAAAAAAUAGAGAUGUGGACAUAUACUGGCACUGUGGCUUUUUCAGCACCGGAAAUAUUCACAGGAGAAGGUUAUAAUUAAAUGGUUGAUAUGUGGAGUGCAGGUUGUAUUCUUUAUUCAAUGCUUUCCGGAUAAUUGCCAUUUAAUGCAGAUUAUUUGAACGACCUUGUAGAAAAUAUUAAACUAGCCAAGUAUGAUUUCCCAGAAGAAAUCUUUUCAGAAGUCUCUGCUGAAGCCAAAGAUCUAAUUUAACUAUUAUUAAAGAAGGAUCCAUAAGAAAGACCAUAUCCAGAUCAUGCAUUAGGGCAUUCUUGGUUUAGAGGAAAUGUAGUCAGGAAGACUUUAAGACAUUUGACUAUUAAUAAAAAUAUAAACCAUCUUGCAUCCAGAAACUCAAAUAGGUAGAGAUAGAGAACAUUCCUAUUGAAAAAAGACUGCUACACAGGAUCAAGUGAUGGGGAAGAUUAUUAUGAUGUUAAAAUUAAGUCCACCAUUAGAAAGAGUUUAUUUUGCGCUAUUAAGCCCACACAAGAAUAACAGGUUGAUAUGAACCACCUCAAAGUAACAAGCGGGUUGCUUCGUAAGUCUAAUACAACUUAGAUAGAAGAUUUUAAAUAUUAUGAUUAAUAGUGA